AUGAGCGAACCCGUUGGUGAGGAUGCCUGGCUUGCUCUCGUCGAUGAAGCCAGCCGGACCGCAGGAGAUCUGGAGCAGCGCAUCGGAGUCGUUGAACUUUACAAACGCGCCCUCGCUGCAGAGCCUUGGUCAAAUAAGCUAUGGUUGGCAUAUUGUGAAUGGGUCUGGUCGCUUCACACAGACUGCCAGAAUGGCGACGCGGGCUGGCCAGAGGAGGAGCAACUGUUGGGACAAGAGCUCUUUUCACUCGAAACGGCCCUUGAUGUAUGGCAGCAAGGAGCCCAGGCAACGCAAUAUCGGCUGAGCGACGGCCAUGAGCUUUGGAAUAGAUGGAUCUCGAUCGAACAGGAACAAUUAUCUGGACUUGAAGACAAGGAGCGCAUCGAGCGCAUUAAGAGGCUCUUCCUGGACCGACUUCAGAUACCACAUGCUACGUGGGCGGAAACCUCGCAGAUGUCCUCGACAUUUAUUACGAAGUAUGACGAGCCUGCUUGGGAAUCGACAAUGGUUGAAGUUACAAAAUUGGCGAAAACGGCCAAGGAAUUGUAUAGUUACCGCGAAGCACACGAGCUCACAUUGGCGAAAGCGAACGAGUCCGGCGACCCUGAAGCAGUCAAAGAGGCAAUGAGGACCUAUUUGGAUUGGGAAACUGCACAGGCGGUUAGGAAGACCAAGAAGAGCCAACCCAGCAGUCCUCCGAUUCUUUGCGUGGCAUUGUUUGAACGGGCAUUAGCCUCCACGCCUCUUGGAUUGGAGUCGGAUACUUGGGAGGAUUAUAUCACGUUUCUAUCGUUCAUCACGAGGGAACUACCCAAUAUUCCACUCCCAUCUGUUAUCUCAGUUGUACAGCGAGCCACGAGCCAUUGCCCAUGGUCUGGAACACUUUGGGCACGCUACAUUCUCACAGCGGAGUCCGAGAACUUACCAUUUGCAACCAUGGAACAGAUUAAACACUCUGCCACCAACACUGGAGUGUUAGACCGAGAUGGCAUGGACGGUGUGAUACAGUUUUACCUUGCUUGGAGUGGCUAUCUGAAAAGACGAACUAUAGCCCCCGGUGCGACUGAUGAGGACAUCGAUGUGGCGGAUAUGGGACUUCGCUCGGCCCUGGAAAGCGUCGAAGAAUGGGGCCAAAGACGCCAUGGCAAGGAAGGCUGGAAAGGGGAUCCUCUGUUCCGGAUUGAGAGAAUAUUCAUCCGAUAUCUUACCCAGAAGGGUUUAUACCGAGACGCACGGGAUUUAUGGAAGCAACUCGUUCGGACGCAAGGGGAUAGCUAUGACUUCUGGCAACAGUAUUAUAUAUGGGAAAUGACUGUCUGGACUCCAAAUUCAUCACCAACAGUACCCACAGCCGUAUUAAGUCAAGCCGUGCAUCGUCACAAUCUAGACUGGCCGGAGAAGGUUAUGGAGAUUUAUAUACGCCAUUGCAACAACCACGAAGGCGUGGAGGAGCUGAUAAAGGCAACGGACACCGUUCGUAGGUUGUCCAAGAGUGUGGCCCGAAGGCGCCAAAAAGAAGCCGCUGAAGCCGCUGCGAUGUAUGCUCAGCAGCAGCCUCAAGCUACUACGGAACCUGCGACCAUAGAAUCGCCAUCCGGCUCGGCGAAGAGGAAACGGGAGCCCGCAUCCGAGGAGCCUGAUGAUGCCGCAAAGAAAAGGUCGAAGAAUGAGAAGAACGCAAUAGACCUAGAGACAUUGCGUGAACAACAUCUGAAACGCGAUCGUGAAAAUACCACUGUUUUAGUCACCAAUCUUCCCCCAGAGGCUACCCAAACGAAAGUCAGACAGUAUUUCAGAGAAUACGGCCAUAUGAACAGCAUCACUUUGAAGACCGAGGCGGACAAACUUUCGUCAACAGCGCUGAUCGAGUUUCGGACCCCAGAAGACGUCCAGUCUGCUUCCCUGCGCGAUGGAAAGUACUUUGGAGAUAGACAAAUCCAGGUCAAGUCUGGUACGGGGUUGACACUUUAUGUCACGAAUUUCCCACCCACUGCCGAUGAUGCAUAUCUCCGCAAACUUUUCAAGGAUUGCGGAGAAAUAUUUAGUAUUCGCUGGCCAAGUCUGAAAUAUAACGCUACCCGCAGAUUCUGUUACAUCUCCUUCCGCACUCAGCAGGCUGCAGUUGCGGCCACUGAACUUGAUGGCCAGUCAUUGGGUGGUGUUUAUAAAUUGGUUGCAAAAUACUCAGAUCCCGCGAACAAGAAGAAUCGUGAGGGUGCUAUGGCUGAAGGCCGAGAAAUCCACAUUACGGGCAUAGACCAAAGCCUAACAGAGGAAGACUUGCAGGAAGUAUUCGGUAAAUUCGGCAAGAUCGACAGGAUCAGAAUCUUGAAGAACCUCAGUGGGAAAAGCAAAGGUGCUGGGUUUAUUUCUUUUGAAAAGCAAGAAGAAGCAGCUGCCGCGCUUGACCUAGAUAAGACCAAGCUAAAGUCUCGCAUUUUGACGGUUGAGAUGUCCAGUGGCACGAACUACAAGCCCACGGCUACCACCAGGGGACCGUCGGCGUCUCCAGCGCCAGAUCAGGAAGGUGAUACUGCCAUGUCCCCUUCUCCAGGACCGGAAACCCAUUCUAGCACCGAUGCACAAAAUGCCGUGUCUCGAACCGAUAUCUCACAUAGAACAAUUGCAUUAAUGAACAUUCCUGACACAGUCAACGAUGCUCGUGUUCGUGCAAUAGUAGAGCCAUACGGUGACAUUGUCAAACUGGUACUGCGGCCCGAUCACCAAGGAGCUAUUGUUGAAUAUGCCGACGUUGCAUCAGCUGGACGAGCCGCACUAGGGCUAGAAAACCACGAAAUUGUGCCUGGACGCAAACUUCGAACUGGGAAUAUGAAAGACCUGUUUGGGCAGAAAGGCGAGAUUAGGACGGACAAGAUUCUGGUUGGGAAAGGGAAUAAAAAGUCUCCUGCUUCUUUUAUGCAGCCGAGUGCUCCUGUUAGGAGACCUGGUCCUGCUGGAAGAGGCGGUUUGGGCGUGAAGCGAGGAUUGGGGUUUGCAGCGGCAAAAUCCGAUACUGGUAAAGCGGAUGGUAAAGCGGAGGCAAACGGCAGUGCGCACGGAGAGGGAAACAAACCCAUGAAGAGCAAUUCUGACUUCAAAGCUAUGUUUGUCAGUGGAGGAAAGCAAUAG